GAUUCACUCAGUCGCACGCCGCUCGAGUGCGGCUCUCCGUCGGACGCCUUAACAGCAGUGUUCUUCGCCGCUCGAGGAAGGCUUUCCUUCGUCUUCGUAUGCUUUAACAGGCUCGAGAACGCCGUCUCCUUGCUUUCUUGCGCGUCUUCGCUGCCGCACGCAGAUCCGGUCUCGCCAUUCGGUGUUUCCAUCUCUGAAAUCGCAUCGCCUUGAAGAUGCAGAUGACCUCGAGCGCCCCUUGAAACCGCAUCCAUCGUCCGCACCGUUCAUCCUCGCGGCUGUCAUCUCCGUACAUCCCCACUUUUGCUUUUCGCGCAGAUUCCGACUGAGUUGGGGAUUUGGGGAGAUUAUACGAACUGGAAAAGGGGGAGCUUUUGGCGACUCACGGCCAUUGGAGCUUGCAGGAGGUGAGGAAGGGGUCUGGUAAAUCUGUCCGUUGAAACUUCAUAGGAAAUUUGGGGAUUUUUAGACCGCAAUCUGAUUUCGCCGCUCGCACGCGCGGGCGACACGUCAUUCUGUUUGAUACGUGGGGAAUUCUCCUGUACGAGAAAAGGAUACGUGUGGGCUUGUUCCUGGUACUACUAUCGUCACUUGCUGCGUUGAAGGAGUGGAGCAUGGUGGGAUUUAAAAAUAGGUACAUGGUAAUGGAGGUUUUUUUGGAUCCAAAUAGAGACUUGGCAAGGGAUGAUCCCGUUAUUCUUACCCAAUUCAAUGUGUCAAAAGCAAUCAAAGACAGCAUUCUUCUAAACUUUGGCGAGUGUGGUCUAGCUUCUUCGCUUGGAUCAUUUCAAGUUAAGUACGUGAAUCCCAUAACGAAGCUGUGCAUUAUCAGAGCGUCGCGUGAGGAUCAUCAGAAAGUAUGGUCUGCAAUCACCAUGGUCAGGAGCAUUGGACAAUGUCCAGUACUAUUCAAUCUGUUGGACUUGAGUGGAAGCAUCAAAGCCUGUAAAAGUGCUGCCUUGAAGUGCGAUGAAGCCAAAUUUGAACAAUACAAGCUUAUGAUGGGAGACCGUCUCACGCCCGAGAGUACUCAGCAUGUGCAAAAUUGUUUUGAGAAAAUAAAAAUCCUGGAACAUUGAAACUGAAACUUAAGGAGUUGAGGUCAUAUACAUUGUCUCGAAGGAUAUUACCAUAUUGGAGAAAUAGGAAACUGAACUGAAGCUGAUCACUCGUCCUUAUAAGAUGACUUUAUUUAUUUGAGCUUCUCAUUAGUUUCCUUAAAAAUUUUGUAGUCCUCUUUUGUAUUUUGAUAGCAGUAGUGUUUGAUUUGAGUUCUGGUCAAGUGAUUUAUGUACGUUGUUCCAACUAAAGAUUGCUUUUGGAAGUUAUACAAUGAAAGGUGCCAAAUAUUUUUUAGGAUCUGGAUUGAACCUAACAUCUUCCAAUGGAAACAAGGAUUGGACUUUGUCAUUGCUAGCUGUGUCUGAAAACUGAAAGUGAGAGUUUUAUAUAGUCAAAUUGAUUUGUUGUUUUCUA